CAUAAAGAGAAUAUAUUAUACACUUAUUUUGAUAAAAGGUUCCCGUAUAGGUUUUACAAUCUGUGAUGUGAAUUAAUAAACCAACCAGUAAACUGAAAUACACGAGCAGAGGAGUAGUUGUAAUGCACAAGGCUAUAAACUAAAUUAGCCACGUCAUUUUUUUUUAACAAGAGUAGAUUGAAGGACGAAAUGAUUUAUCCUUUUUAAACAACAUAAUAACAACUUUGUAAAAUUGUGAAAUUGGCCGAGAUGUCGAAAGCAGAACCAAACGUAUAUCUGAACAAUAUCUUCGUUGAAGGGAGAACAGAUGACGAUGGAGUGUACGAGGAAUGUUUCGAUACAGAUGAUCAAUCUGAUUAUGAGGAGGUUUCCCCGGUUGCCAAAAAAAAUCUACCUGACAUUAAUAUUCCACACAAUAUGCCAAAGAUUCAAUCCAUAAAAGAAGAUUAUAGUCGGAGUAAAAAGAUGCACACGCAUUUACGGUUUCUUUUUUUCAUUAAUUGCUUUGUUAUCAUAUUAGUAGUAUCAAAUGUCGUGACAUUCAUUACUACAAAAGAUAAAUUUUCGGAAAAGAAAACAAAUCUUACACCUUGUGCUGGACUUAUCUUUUUGAACGGAGGCUCAUGUGAGGUGUUAAAUGGCUCAUUUAACUGUUUAUGCGAAUCAGGCUUUUCUGGACGUCUCUGUGAAGUGACACCUUGUACUGGACUUAAGUGUUUAAAUGGAGGCUCAUGUGAGGUGUUGAAUGGCACGUUUCACUGUUUAUGCGAUUCUGGGUUUUCAGGACGCCUGUGUAAAGAAGAAAUUGGACCAUGCUUUUCAAAUCCCUGUUUCAAUUUUGGUUCAUGUAGAACAUCAUGUAAUACGUUUACUUGUUAUUGUCCAAAUGGAACCAAAGGACGUCGUUGUCAAGAUGUAUUACAUCAAAUAAUAACAUCCCCUGGAUAUCCGUCAAACUACAACGACAACAUGCAUAGACUAUGGAAUAUUGAUGUUGGACUUUCAAACACCGUCCGAAUAACGUUUACUCAUUUUGAACUUGAGAACACUCUUGAUUUUGUAAAAAUAUACAAUGGACAGUCAACUACCUGUGGUUCUUUAGCAAAUUACACGGGAACAAUUAAUCCAACGGAGUUAACAUCCACAGGAAGAUUUAUGACAAUAUUAUUUACAACUGAUGGUUCUGUUGCCAAAUUGGGAUUUCGUGCAGUUAUAUAUAAAACAACAAACUAGAUUUUAAUGAACUUGUUUUCGCCAGAUCAGACAAAUAAACGAAUUGUUCAAUUCAUUGAUGCUUAGAGUUAGACAUUCUAUUAUUAAAUAUAUUGCUUUC